CCAGGGCACCAGCUGGUUCCAUCCCCACACAUUUUCUUUUGUUUUUAUCUCACCAGCCAGCAAAAGACCCCCUCUCACUUUAUAUACCCUCAUCACAUUUUGCUCUUCAAUUGCAUACGCAACCUCCAUUUUCUCUCUAAGUUCCUCUGCUGUGAGAGGAAUUUGUUGGAGAGUGUUUCCAUACAAAAUAGUACUAUCAAAUUUUUUGGAGAAAAUGGAACUUCCUGUGAUUUGCAUGCUACUACUUCUGAGUUCUUCAGCAGCAUAUGCUCAAAAAACCAAACCUCCCUCUCCCUCUUUCAGCCCUACUCCAGCCCCGGCUCCAGCGCCAGAUUUCGUGAACCUCACAGAAUUACUCACCGUGGCCGGGCCAUUCCACACCUUCCUUAACUACCUUCAAUCCACUAAAGUGCUUGAGACCUUCCAAGACCAAGCCAACAAGACUGAGGAAGGCAUAACUAUCUUUGUCCCAAAAGACAGUGCCUUCACAGCUCUUAAGAAGCCCUCUUUGUCCAAUCUGACCGCUGACCAGCUCAAGUCAGUCAUCCUAUUCCAUGGCUUGCCCCAUUACUACACUCUAGCCGACUUCAAAAACCUCAGCGAAUCAGGCCCAAUUCCUACAUUUGCCGGCGGAAGUUACACUUUGAACUUCACUGAUACUUCAGGCUCUGUGCACCUUACCUCAGGAUGGUCAGACACAAAAGUAAGCAGCAGCGUGCACUCAACCGAUCCUGUUGCAGUUUACCAAGUUGACAAGGUUCUUCUACCUGAGGCAAUCUUUGGUACUGACAUUCCUCCAACCUCAGCUCCAGCACCAGCACCAGCUCCUGACACUGCACCAGCUGCUGAUGCUCCAACCGCUGAUGGAGGCUCAUCAUCUCCAGGAUCUGCACCGGAAAAAUCUUCGUCUUACAGGAUUAUCAGCUGGGGCAUUUGGGGUCACUUGGUUUUGGCAGUCUCAGGUGGUCUGGCCUUGAUCUUGUGAGAGACACCUCCCCGGUGAUUGAAAUUUUUUUCGAGUUAUAUGUUAAGUGGGUCGAUUCGCUUAUUUACGUUCGAUUGCUUGAUUUGAAACCAUUUUUUGUGGACAUAUGUGGCACUGAAUCUCUAUGUGUAUGAGAAUUUGAGUUCUUUUAUUUACACGAGUAAAUGGGAUUUUGUUUGA